AUGAAUAAUUUACAAACAAGGAAUUAUGAUUAUUUAAUCAAGUUACUUCUUAUUGGUGAUAGUGGUGUUGGAAAAUCAUGCCUUCUCCUUAGAUUUAGUGAAGACUCUUUUACUCCAAGCUUUAUUACAACUAUCGGUAUUGAUUUUAAAAUUCGAACCAUUGAACUUGAUGGAAAACGAAUCAAGUUGCAAAUAUGGGAUACUGCUGGACAGGAACGUUUCCGAACAAUCACAACAGCCUAUUACCGUGGUGCUAUGGGGAUUUUGCUCGUUUAUGAUGUGACUGAUGAAAAAUCUUUUAAUAAUGUUAGAUCAUGGGUUGCAAAUAUCCAACAAUAUGCUGCUGAAGACGUAAAUAAGAUUCUUAUUGGAAACAAAUGUGAUUGGGAAGAACGAAGAGUUAUUUCACAUGAACAAGGACAGAAUCUUGCUGAAGAAUAUGGAAUGUUAUUUUUAGAAGCAAGUGCAAAAUCAAAUGUUAAUGUAGAUAAAGCAUUUUUUGUUCUUUCUCGAGAAAUUAAAAAACGAUUAAUAGAUGUCGAACAAGGAAAUAAUGUUUUAGGAAUAACCAAUAUUCGAUUAGAUAAAAAAAACAGUAUUUCUAAAGGAAACUGUUGCUAA